CAAAAAUCGGUCAAUAGCAAGGGAGCUUACUCUCUGAAUUCAUUGAUUGUUUGCUAGUUUUGCAAGAUGGAGCACAGGGAAAUAUCGAGCCCAAGAGUGGAGAAAUUUAAUGUAUAUAUUGAGGGAGACUUAAAGCACAAGCACUUUGUAAUACUUACGUUACAUGAUUUAGGAUGCAAUCACACAAUGUGGUCCAACUACCUGCAGCACCCCUCCAUGGCGGAGAUCAACAAGAGAGCAGCGUUUGUCCAUGUGGAUUUUCCCGGACAGGAGGAUAAUGCAGUCGAUCUCCCGCCAGAUUACAGCUUUCCCAGUAUGCAGAGUCUGGGAGAAGAUCUUGUAUGUGUACUGGAUCGACUUGAUAUUAAGCAGGUGGUUGGACUUGGAGAGGGGGCUGGAGCCAAUGUUCUCGCCAGAUUUGCCAUGGCCCAUCCCACACGAGUGUUGGGUGUCUGUCUAAUCCACUGCACCGGGACAACUGCUGGCAUCAUGGAAGGACUGAAGGACAAGCUGAUUGGUUGGAAGUUGGAUAACCUAGGAAUGAACCCCACUGCUGAAGCCUAUUUGAUGAUGCACAGAUUCGGUUCAUUUGAAAAAGCUUCAGAUCAGGAGGAGUUAAAUAAGGCCAUUUCUUCAUUCCAACACUCGCUUCGCAAAAACAUCAACCCUCAAAACCUCAAACGAUUCGUCAAGUCUUUCAUGAAGAGAACUAACAUCGCAGACAACAUCGGGAAGAUGAAAUGUCAGGUUCUGUUAGUGACAGGAUCACUCGCUUCCUUUAACCAUACGGUCCACACACUGGCAGGUUUUAUGUUAUCCAAGAUGGACAAGAGCAAAGUGGAGAUCAUAGAAGUGGAGGGUGUAGCCAACGUCAUAGAAGAAAAGCCGGACCGCCUUGCAGAAGCCUUCCUGUAUUUCUGUCAGGGACUAGGCGUCAAGCCAAGGCGGGUGAGCUUCCGUUCGACCCUGGAGCCCCACGCGGAGUGACGGUUACAGGGUUCUUUCUGUUUCCGGGGUAAGCUAUGUGUGCGCAUUCCCACAGUAUAUACUCAGCACUGCUGCUAAUAGUCCGGGCCGCUGUAACGGGUGUCUGGGUGUAGGAUUGUAAUCUAUAAUUCUCUGGACUUUCUACAAGCAUGUUUAAUCCUCGUGACACACGGUUAGUGGGCAAAUAGGACCACAAGUGAUGUGCAGCGUCAGAAUUUCCAAAUCAAUUUUAUUUUUUAAAAACAAACAUAUUUAAUAAAUAUACAGCCAUCGCUUUUGCAUCAUGUUGAUUGACAUGAAUGAAAAAUUAUUCAAAUUUCUAACAUUACAAGGACGCUUUUAAAACAUCAAAUAUAUAAUUAUAUAUUAAGUAGAAUGAAUAUGAACUUAGUCUAGAUACAAUAUGCAAUUCGUAUGGUAUGAAAGCCACUGGAAGGGUUGGCAUGCUUUCUUUAUAUUCUAAAAUUUUUUUUCAUUUCUCUGCUCAUCACGCAUGUUGCAUUCAUAUCAGUAUGAAUUUCAGUUAGUGGCAUAUUUCUUGUAAACUAAAUUACCAUUGGUUAUACAUUGCAAUCAAGCAAGAAGUUUUGAAGAUUUCCAUUUCAUUGAUCAAAUUCAACAGAAAUAUAUUUUUAAAGUGCUGUUUUUAGAAUGAGAUCUUUGCAAGAGUUCAGUUUCUUAAUUUUUUUGCAAUCACAAAUUUGAUAAAUGUUAUGUUACUUAAAAUCUCCUAGUGGCAAAGAAUACCAUUACCAUCUUUACAUUUGUAUAUUGAUUCAGGACAACCAACUUAAAAGGUCUAUGAGAAAAACAGAGGCUAGGAAUUUAUCAUUCAAGUAUCUAUAUCUGAAAAGAAAGUCCAGGGAGAAUCUUAAAUCUAUUCUCAUAGCAUAUCAGCAUUCAAUAAAGUCAGUUCUCUCUCUCUCUCUCUCUCUCUCUCUCUGCUUGUGGAUCACUGUCACUGAAAAUCUAGAAGCAUUGGCCUUAUUGAAUUCUGAGUCUAAUAGCUGUUGCUGUAAUUAGAUUUGUAGAGAAAUGAAAAAAAAAAAUACAUUUGUAUAUGUAGUAAUGAUGUUUAGCAAACAUUUUUGGUAGUAGACACUAAUAUGGGAACAUUUUCGGUAGUAGUCACUAAUAUGGGACGGGAAAUUUAGCUAACACGGUGAAUUAGUUCCAUUUUUCAGAGUGCGGGAGUAUCUAGAAAAUCCUAUGUAAUAUAAGAUUAACUAGUUCCAUUCACAAGCUUACCCCUUCGUAAAUAUCAAUCCCCAUUUUUCACAUGCACUUACAGAUGGCCAUGUUAAAGCACCAUGAAAACAGUUCCCAGACCAUCACGUCUCAACAUCAGAACCUCCACUAAUGCUCCAUUAAACUUAUUCACGGCACACAAGGAAUUGGAGAUCAAAGCAUUGUCUCUAUCAGUGACUAAUGUAUAUUUAGUGAUGAAAAAGGAUGCGAAUAUUAAUGUGUCAAUACACAGAUAUUUCCAUAAAAUUUUCCUGACAGUGAAAUACUGUUUAAAGGGGCAUGGACACAAUUCUGGUAAAAAAGAAUUACUCAGAUAUAUGAUUAAUAAUAUCAAAGUAUUUCAUACCUGUAAGACAUGGUAACAAACCUAAAUUUCAAAAAUUGAUGCCAAGAUGUAUUUGAGAAAUCUAAACUUUCCAUUUUCAAAACAAGGCAUGAGUUAUGCAUGUUCAUGUUUACAUGAUUAACUAUUAACAUAGUGCCAAAGUUCACAACUUCAGGGGAAAAGGUUUUUACAAUGAAACUUUCCAUUCAUUUUUUUUUUCUGUGCAUGCACCCUAAAUUUUGAUUUAUCAUUAUCCUAUGAUAAAAUGUUGAUAUUUUUUAUUUUAUUUAUUUAUUUUUUACAUUUGUUUUAGAAAUCUUGGUGUUCUCACCUCCGCCCUUGGUUUCUGACUAAAGACAAGAGUUUGUUUACACGUGCACACAUUUGUCUCAUAAACACGCAACACGCUUUUGUAGAAAUGAUUGUAAUCCAUUUUAAUAUUCAUAAAAGAUCUUUUGUUUCUAUAACAAUAUUUUGUCAAUUUCAACCAAUUAACAAUCCUGUCCAUGCCCCUUUAAACUAGAAUUGCCCUUUAGUAAUCACCAUCUAUGUCUGCCUAUUUGUUCAUAAGAAAUACCUGAUUCUUAACACGCCUGAGCUGAACAGUUAAGUGACCUUUUCUGAUCAACGUUUGUUCAUCCUCUUCUUCUCCGUCUGAGGAAACUAAAGGUGGGUUAGAUUCUGUGCUUUUGACCUAGGCUUUUGUAGGAUAUCUUCACCUAGGCUGUUGUAGGGUAUCUUUUCACCUAGGCUUUUGUAGGAUAUCUUCACCUAGGCUGUUGUAGGGUAUCUUUUCACCUAGACUGUUGUAGGAUAUCUUCACCUAGGCUGUUGUAGGGUAUCUUUUGACCUAGGCUGUUAUAGGAUAUCUUCACCAAGGCUGUUGUAGGAUAUCUUCACCUAGGCUAUUGUAGGAUAUCUUUUGACCUAGGCUGUUGUAGGAUAUCUUCACCUAGGCUAUUGUAGGAUAUCUUUUGACCUAGGCUGUUGUAGGAUAUCUUCACCUAGGCUGUUGUAGGAUAUCUUUUGACCUAGGCUGUUGUAGGAUGUGUGUGCUCAUGUAUGGCUUGGCCUGUAGUGUUUAUUGUGUAUGGCUGGGGUCUAUAGUGUAUGUUAAGUAUGGCUGGGGUCUAUAGUGUAUGUUAAGUAUGUCUAGGUUCUAUUAUGUAUGGUAAAGUUUUUUGUUAUUUGUCAUACAGGACAUAUUAUGGUACAGUGAUGUCUGUCCGUCUGUUAAGGGGUUUCUGUUUCUAUUUCCAUCUCUCUGUCAUAUGAAGCCAAAACUUGCUGUGUAGCUUCUUUGUGGGUCACUGUAGAUCAUGUUGUAAGUUUGAUCCAUUUCAACCUCUCUUACAGGAGUUUUGCCCCUUUAUUUGAAAAUGUAUGGUAUAUGGAGGGUACAUAAUUUGUGGGGCAAAUUCCUCCCACAGUUUCUUAGUGAGGAGCUUAUUAUUUUACAAAGUGUUUAUAUGGGUAUUAAAGAUGUGCAUUUGGCAAGGAUUUUGAUUUUUUGAGAAAAUUACACAUUGUUGAACUUAGUUGUUGAACUUAGUCAGUUUUGAGGAAAUUUUAUAAAGUUAGUGCAUGGUUUGUCCUUAUAAUUCCUCUUACAGUUUUAAAGCUAGGACCUUUGUAAACAACUUGAAGAUGAGCUAAUUGCAAGGAUUUUGAUUCUCAAUAUAUGGAUGUAUUGUUGAGGGAGGUUUAAGGAGGUUUGAGAACCCAAGAAAUUCAUAAUAAAAGGAAAGUGUUACAUUCAUAUAAUAUUGAGCUGAUGUAAUCGAUUUUGCAUAAACUCUUGCAAAAGUACAUUUUAUUGUUACAUUAAAAAAAAUCUAAUUCUGCAAGAUCCACAGAUUUAUAGGUUAACCAUUAUAUAUAAUUUUUUGCUGCUAUAAAGUAAUGAAGGAAUUCAUUUCUGGGCCAAAAAUAAAAGGGGGAGUGAAAUUGGUCCUGUAUACAAAUAUAAUGAUAAUUUCCUGUGUUUACAGUUGGAGGGGUGCCAAUGCCACGCAUGACGAGAGCCAACUCGUCAGAAAACACCGAGAUUGUAACCAGGAGGACGCGCAGCAUGUCAAUGGAA